GGUUAGAGUUACUCACUUCACAGUGGAUUCACUCAAACAGAGAUAUCUGAAAGGACUGAAAACAACUAACCAUUCACAUCAAAGGCCAUUGAAACCAGUUGCCAGAGACCAAGACAUGGUGUUCCAGAGGGCUUUCCUGUUCCUGGUGUUGAUGUGUGCCACAGUGAUGGUACACGGUCAACCGGCCGAUGUUAGCCCUCGUUAUCAACGAUUCCUCCUACAGCACGUCAAGGGGGGUAUGACGAUCCAGAAUUGUCAGCAUGUGAUGAGCAACUUGAGGUUGACAGGGACUGAUGGAAAAUGCAAAUGGAAGAACACCUUCAUCUUGGCCAAUCCAGUUGAUGUCAAGCCCAUCUGUGGUGGUGGUGGCACACGUAGGAACAGCAAUCUGUUUGAAAGCAACAAUCCCUUCAGUGUAGUCAUAUGUCAACGUACAGGUGGGGAUUACCAUCCCAAUUGUAAAUACAGGGGUUCUUCUUCUACUAAGAGGGUUGUCAUUGCUUGUGAUGGAAAAUGGCCAGUGCACUAUGAUGGUGAUAUUGAUAUUGGCAUUACGGAUGGAAAGUGAAUACAGUGGGGAGAACAAGAAUUUGAUACACUGCCGAUUUUGCAGGUUUUCCUACUUACAAAGCAUGUAAAGGUCUGUAAUUUUUAUCAUAGGUACACUUCAACUGUGAGAGACGGAAUCUAAAACAAAAAUCCAGAAAAUCACAUUGUAUGAUUUUUAAGUAAUUAAUUUGCAUUUUAUUGCAUGACAUAAGUAUUCAUUUGCUGUGGGGCGACAUAAUUAACUUAUUUACUAUACUCAAUGGAUCAAGUUCCAUACUGUUUUUGAAUGGGCUUCAAGAUUAUAUCAUCAAAUUCAUGAAAUAUUUGUGAAUUAAUUUAUAACCAUCUUAUUAACAAAUGUCUCUGACUGACACUUUGCCAUCAAAUAAAAGCCUACCCUCACAGUG